AUGUACCCACAAAAGGAACGAUUAUGUGUCGUAAAGUAUCCUUCCUUCGUAAAGGUUUCAAGUUGGAAAUUUCUCAGAAACACGAGCGGAAAGCAAAGACGUUUUAUGGGCGAUAAAGGCAUUGCGCAGAGGGGACUCGACAGACCCAUGGAUGAUGCUAAGGGAUGCUUAAGGGGACAAAUUAGAAAGCUUGGAAGAGCACAACAUAUUCUCGCCAUGGCUAGAGAAUUCUUUGAAAGCGGUGCGAUUGCACCAUUAUCGCCCACUUUCUCUUUGCGCUGUUCGGUUCCCACGCCUGCCUGCGCCUCCUGGUACUGGUCUGCAUUGCCUGCAUUGCCUGCAUAUAACUAA